AUGUCUAAAGGCCAGCCACAUCCUCAACCUCAACGGUCGCCCAAAACAUCAAACCAGCUUCCCAAGAAUUGGCCCCGAGAGAUCAGCUACUUGACAUCGAUACAUAUUCCACAGCCGCUGUCAAGCUCCCUUCUGCAUAUACAAGUGAACCCUCCCACUGGUUCCAACGCCGGCGAUAGAUUUGAUUCUAUCUCUUCGCUUCCCAUCAUCGAGUCUCGAGCCACUGUAUCACCAAACCCACUCGUGCGCAUUACACCCAUCACUUCAGCCUCGCACCCUGCAAACGGCCAAUACGGCCUAUUCGCUGCCCGCGCACUCCCGCCGUCGACCUUCAUCAUCCUUUACCUGGGAACGUUGCACAGAUCGUGCAAUUCGCCAGCAGCAGAGGAAGCCAAUGCAUCCUCUUCUUCAGCUACCUCCUCUUCGAUCACAGGCUCAACCGCGGACUCAAGCUACGCCACAUCAGACUACGACCUCAGCCUCGACCGGGACCUAGGGCUCGCCAUCGACGCCUCGAAAUGUGGCAAUGAGGCCCGCUUUAUCAACGAUUACCGCGGCAUCCGACCUGCUGGGCCUAACGCCGAGUUUCGCGACUGUCUAGUUCAAGUGGGCCCAGCACCGGGCAGGCUUGAAAGGCGCAUUGGGGUGUUUGUACUAAGUCCAGGCAAGGCUGGGGGCGCUAGAGCCAAGGGCAUCGCGAAAGGCGAGGAGAUAGUGGUUAGUUAUGGCAAGGGCUUCUGGAAUGCCAGAAAGGAUGGUUGA